AUGAAGCGUCGAGUUGCAUUCGCCCCAGUGGGGAACGAUGAUGAUGAUGAUCCAGAAGAUCAGAACCCACAACAAGAACAACGACAACAACAACGCCCACAAGCCGCCAUUACUACUUCAUCGGGACCGUCCGACGAUACUGAUGAUGACUACGAUGACGAUACCAUUACCGAUAUGGGCAGUGUCAUGAGCGGGCUGAGCGGCACAAAGUACGUUUUUACCGGUGCCUUUCUGGGUGGUGGUAGCGACGAGGAUGAUCAGGAUGACGGCCAGGAUGAAGAAAUUGGAGCCACAGAAAUCCCACAAGCUGCGGCAAAACCAAAUGAUCCCGACUUUGAUCGACGAGCCACCUAUCACCAGAUUUUCAUGACGGACAAAAAAGGCAAAAGAAUCACUAAAAACACUGUAGAACGUGAAAAACGCAGCAGUCUGGUACAACAGCAGGAGGAAGAAAUUGACGAAGAGGGUCAGGUUCAAGCAAACGAUCAUGGUGUACCGGACGAUCGAGGAGCCUCCUAUCACAAGAUUUUCAUGAUGGACAAGAAAGCCAAAAGAAUCGUCGAAAACGCUGUGGAGCGUGAAAAACGCAGCAGUUUGCUGCAGCAGGAGGAAGAAUUUGACGAAGAGGGUCAGGUUCGAGCAAAGGAUCCUGGUGCACCCGAAGAUCGACGAGCCUCCUAUCAACAGAUUUUUAUGACGGACAAGAAAGCCGAAAGAAUCACCGAAAACGCUGUAGAACGUGAAAAACGCAGCAGUCUGGUACAACAACAGGAGGAGGAGGAGGAAUUUGACGAAGAGGGACAAGUUAUUGCUGCCGCCAGUGAUGCCGGAAACAUGGAAGAAUUAGAGCAAAAUGUUGCCGACAUUCUUAACGAGGCUGCCAAGGAGAAAAAAACGUUCAAAGUCAGAUUUGGUUGCGAGGAGGCAGAAGUAUCCGAAAACUCAGACGAGUUAAAUGCCUGGGCUAGCGAAAGUCAGCAAGAUCGUAUCGAUUCGGGGGAUGAUGCCACGUUACCCGACGAGGCAGCCGGUACCGACGAGGCAGCUGAUAAUGCUGAUGACGAAGCGUCCGAUGAUGACGGCAGCAAGGAAGACUCUGAUGCGGACAAUUGGGAGGAAGCGGACAAUCCGGAGGAAGAGGACAAUCCAGAUGAUGAAGACAAUCCGGAGGACGAAGACAAUCCAGAUGAUGCAGGCAACUUGGAUUUGAACAGCGAGUCUGCUUCUUGCUCCUCUCUCAAUACAGAGGAACUCCGGGAGAAAGCUAUCCGGGAGAGUUUGCUCUACAUGUUCUACGAAAAACUUGGAUGUACUGUUUUGGCUCCAAUUUUGGCACCCAUCUUGGCAUUCUUGACAAAUGGUGCAGCAGCAGGAGCAGGGGCCUCAACUGCCGCUGCUGGUAUGGCUUCUGCAGCUGCCACUGCUACUGUAUCUCAAGUUGGAACUGCAAUUGGCAUGGCUGCUGUUACUGCCGCCGCAGUAUCCUCUUCUGUGGUAUUGGUAACACCCACAAAUACAUUUGUCGAUGAUUUUGUUCCGCCCAUUUGUGAAGACUCACAGGUUCUAAAGGAGGGAUUCGUAGAGCUGCAGAUUCAAGGAAUGCCUCCUUCGGCACUCCCAGACCGAAAGUUUGACUUGGAAUAUUUGUUUCGCGAUGUUUACAAUUCGAUCACGGGAAUGUGUCUGGACCCAUUCAAACGUGUCAUGCACGUAGCUGUAGUUGAAGAUUGGACAACAGUGUAUGGAAACGAAUCUGACUACUUGAUUCUCGAAAGCAACACAACAACAAAGGCGGAGAAACAAGUUGUCAUUGAUGCCAGUAUUACUACUACACAUUGGUCUGCGUAUGUUGCCUGUGAUGGAUGCCCUGAUCAUGAGCCUCUUUUUGAACCAGGAGAAAUCGGAGAUGAGACAGCAAGAGGUAGGAGGCGUUUGAGGCUAUCUGAUCUUUGCAGUCCAGAGUAUCGCGACAAAGAAUUCUAUAAACGGGUCAGAAAGAGGCUCCGAGAACUCCGUGAACUAGCAGGCGAGGAUAUUGAAGAUGAGUUGCCCCAGAUGCUUUACGAGCUUGACCAAUUUUUUGCUUUGUUUGCAGCCAUGUUUGGAUACAACCUCGAACCUGUUUUGAGUAGUCGCGUCAUCAGAGACCAGUAUGGCAACGUCAUCUACCUGCAGCCUCCUCCAGGGAAUGGUACUAAUGCCAUCAGAGUUAUAUUUGGUGCAACAAAACCUGCCUUGGAUGGCGGCAUUAACUCUACAGCUUCAGUCAGUUCCAUCGGCUUGGAGGAUAUUGAGCAUUACCAAGAUGAUGUGAUUGCCAGUAAUGGGACUAUUCGCACUCCAUUUGUUUCUAAUGAACUGGUGGCUUUUGAACAGUCAGUCGCCCAAUGUGCCAACGCAUCGUCAGGUGGAGGCCAAAAUUCAAAGUUUUGCCAGACAGUCCUCAACAGUGAUCAGUUCGAUUCACAGACUCUCGCUGACUGUUUUGCCAGCCCGGGGCAGCUUGAGUGUCAAGAGUUGUUACCUGACCUCAUGACUGUGCUAGACGAAGCUGUGGAAGAGGGGGAUCCAGUUGUAGUUGGCGCUGACGAGGUAGAGGAGAGGGCAAGAGAGAAACUCUCACUCAAACCAACAUCGUCUCCUACUGCCAAACCAACACAUGUCCCAUCAAGUGCACCAUCUAGCUUGCCGUCGGUAGAGUUGACUGCCAGUCCCAGUCUAUUCCAAGGGAGUGAAAGUACGGGAUCUGCUUCUACGACUAUUGGUGAUGAAAGUUCUGCGUCAGACUAUGGAUCAGCAGCUGCUUUUGAUUCUACAACAGGUUUCAAUGAUGAUGGUGCAGUGUCAGAAGGAGGUGGAAGUGGUGGGGACUCUGGAUUUGGAACCUCUGGCUCAGACACCGAAGGUAGUGGACAGAGUGGUGGCAAUUCUGACUCGUCUGGGGGCAGUGGAUUGGAUUCUGGUGGCUCUUCUGUUCAGGAUGAUGACAUCACUAUGUCAUCUACUUCUGAAGCAGGUUCUGAUUCUGAGCAGUACAUAGAUGGCGAUGAUGAUGCAUCGAACGUGGACGAUGUUACAAAAGACGAUGAUGUUGCGUCUGACGUGGAUGAUGAGACAACCUUCAGCGGUGGCACUGAUGACGUUGUUGUAACUGAUGAUGAUGCUAGCUCCGCGGCAAGAGAAGAUGCAGGUGAGCUGCCUCCUGGAACCACCAGUGGUGGACUUGAAGAAGCUACAUCGACUGAGAGCCUGAACGGGGCACCAGUGGGUCCAUCUACACCAAGUGCCAUGGGCCCAGAGACAGCCCAGAGUCCUGUGUCUGGUGGGACUAGUCCCUCAGUGCCCUCAGCAACAGUUGUUGGGGCCCCAACGCUUGACGGUGUUGUUGGGGCUCCCAGUGUAUCGGCUUCACCCGCAGCACUUGCACCAGGUGCAAGCCCGAGUCCUUUUUCCGGGGCAACUGGUGAAACGGUGCCAUCGUUGAGUACAGGGAUUGCUGCACCAUCUGUGCCAUCUGUAAACACAGUUGGCUCCCCAGCAAUUGCAGGGGCUCCCAGUUCAUCACUAGCACCUGGAACACUGGCACCAGGGGCAAGCCACAGUCCAUUGGCUAUCGGCCCAUCAGUACCAUCAGCGAGUUCUCCAUCUGUUGCCAGUGGUGCUGGGACUCCCAGUUCAUCAAUUGCACCUGCAGCACUGGCACCAGGUGCAAGCCUAAGUCCCUUGUCUGCUGGAAGUGGUGAACCCGUGCCUUCAUUGGCUACGGGUGUCCCGGCACCAUCUGUACCAUCUGCGAUUACAGCUGGUGGCCCAACUGUUGGUGGUGGACUUGGGACUCCCAGCUCAACAAUAUCACCCGGAGCAAGUCAGAGUCCUGCUGGACCCAUGCCCUCCAUGAAUGGUGCUGCUACAGGAGUACUUGCACCAUCAAUCGCAGAGACUCAAACUGCUGAGGAUUCUAAUGGCGCUCCAGAUUCCUCUCUUUCUCCUGGAACAUCUGAACCAGCUACUACGGAGACCUCGCCUUCUACUCUUGAACCCACAUUGGAAGGUACCGUUGCAAACACUGCUGGGGGGACUCAAGCUGCUACGAUUGAAGUAACACAGGAAAGUACCCAGGAGCUCACUCAACAGGCAACUCCCGAGACAACUGCUGAGACUACGCUGGAAUUCACCCCUGAGCCAACACAAGUGGUAUCAUCUGGAAAUUCUGUAGAGCAGACACCUCAACGCACAAGUGAGCCAACUGCCGAUGUCACGGCAGAUGCAACUCUUGAUGCGACUCCAGAUGCAACGCCUGAUACAACCCCGGAUGCAACCCCCGAUGCAACCCCCGAAGAAUCAGCUGAUUCCACAUUGGAGACAACAAUCGAUACCACCACAGAUGGCACGCAGGAUGCAACCCCCGAUGAAACCUUUGACAACACAUUGGAUGGAAGUGCAUGCACAUACAUAACAACAACUGCAAGGACAAUGGUGAACUUUGAUGGUGACACAACUCCAGUCACAGACCCUCAACUCACCACAGCAUUUGAAAAUGCAUAUGGCACAUUAGCCUUCACACACUGUCCACCGGCACUUCUUUCUACACGGGUAGCAGAACGAUUGGCAAGGAGAAAACUUCAAGCUUCAGUUGUCACACAAGUACAAUUUGAAGUGCAAACGAAUUCUACUUUGGGUCAAGGAUGGAUUGAAACCGACACUACAAAAGCUUCCUUCUUGAGUGCUUUCAACAAUGAAGUAGAACCAUACGGAAUAGCUGCACUCCAAGUUGAAGAGGACGUGACCACAAGCCCUACCCCCACUGCACCGUCGAAUAUGACUUCUGGUGAUGGGCCAACUGCCCCAAGCACUUCAAAUUCCAACAAUCCUUCAAAUUUGGCUCCCAAUGUGACAUUGGAUGACACAGCUAGCAGCAACAGCACCACAUCGAACACAACUACUAGUCCCGGCAACCAGAAUUCCAACAGCCCAGCUAGCCCAACCACUCUGUCCAAUAUGACCGCUAGUCCCAUCAGUCAAAAUUCAAGUAGUGCCAGCCCUGUUGCACUGUCGAAUACAACUUCGAGUCCCAAUGGUCAAAAUUCCAGCAGCAUUAGUCCCACCGGUCCUGCCAUCCUAUCCAAUACAACUGCAAGUCCAAUCAGUCAGAAUUCCAGCACUGUCAGUUCCUCCAGCCCUAUCAUGCUCUCUAACACAACCUCAAGUCCAAUCAGUCAGAAUGCGAGCAGUUCCGGUUCCAUCAGUCCUACCGCACUGUCAAACACAACUGCAAGUCCCAUCAGUCAGAAUUCCAGCAGCGCCAGUUUCGCCAGCCCUACCACACUGUCUAACACAAUCAGUCAAAACUCGAGUAGUGCGAGUCCCACUGACCCAGCAACAGUCUCCAACACAACUUCAAGUCCCAACAGUCAAAAUUCGAGCAGUCCCAUUCCCAGAAGCCCAACAACGACAUCAUCCAAUGCUACUGGCCCAGCCACUGUGCCUCCCAAUGUGACUGUGGGUGAGCCAACUGCCAGCCCAACUACCAGCCCCAUCCUGCUUUCUAAUUUGACCUCAAGUCCCAACACUCAGAAUUCAAGUACCUCCAGCCCAUUCACUGGAAGCCCAACAGUCGUGUCAUCAAAUGCAACAAGUGCUGCUAGUGAAAUCCCCACCAGCCCAGCCACUUUGGCUCCCAAUGUAACACUUGAAGAGCCUACAAUUGGAGAGCCUACAAACAAUCCAUCCAUUGUGUCCAGCAAUCAGAAUUCAAGUACUGCCAUCCCCACCACUGGAAGCACCACGCAAGCACCAUCCAAUAUGACGAGUCCUAGUGUACUGGACCAAGCUUUGAAAGCACAUCUCCCAGCACGGGUCCAAGCCAAGGUCCUAGUGUCAUACCCAGCCAAGUCCCAUCAAAAUCACCCAGCCAACAUCCAACCAAAACACCUAGUGCCCUUCCAACGUCCCGCCCCUCAGAAACACCCACUUCAUCCCCAAGUGAAAGGCCAAUUACUUCCCCAAGUGUCAGCCCAAGCCGGACCCCAAGUACCCAACCCAGCACAACCCCAAGCAACAUCCCAAGCAUGA